CAGGGCCACAAAGGGACUUGCCUUUGCAUCAGGCAUAGUUAUGACUGCUUACAGCCUGGCGGUUCCUUUCAUUGGCUCUACGAUGAGAAUCUUCGUGCUGAUCAACAGUGCCGUGACGGGCCCCUUCGUCGGCCUCCUCGUGCUCGCAAUUCUGUUCCCUUUCGCCAACUCCAAGGGAGCUGGAGCUGCGACAUGUCUGACCAUUGCGUUCCAGCUAUGGCACAUGAUCGGUAGACUGCGCAGCGGCAUCCUUCCUCAUCGCAUGCCGGUAACGUUGGACUACUGUCCCGACAAUACGACGGCUGGAUUCGAUACAACCGAGUAUCCGUCAAACACGACGGACUCUGCAGGGUCGGAAGACGUCUUCAUGCUCUACCGUCUUUCAUCGUUCUGGAGCAGUUUCUUCAGCGUCAUCGUCACCAUCGCUGUAGGAGUUGUUAUCAGCCUCCUCACAGGCGGACGGAAAACUGCUGCCAUGCACGAACACCUGGUCGACGACACGCUGCGUACAGCGUGGAGGAAAUCGACGCGCCGUCGAGGCAGCCAACGCAACGAGCAGACGCCCAGUGCACCGGUGUCUACUACCGAAAGAACAUCCCGUAUUGCAGAAGAUGUUCCCAAGCUCGCUAUCGACAAGGAAGAACUCGAGAGAUUAACGAAAGAAACACAAGUGUGAUGAUAACUCUUUUGUAAAAAGUGGCACUUCAUUAUUGAGAUCAACACAAACGUCAUACCAUAAAAAAUUUUAAUUU